AUGUCUACACCACACACACUCCACACACUAUCGAUGCAAAACACCAUAAAGAGGGGCGCGAUAUUCAAUUCCAAUCACUCUCCUUCCACACGCCAUAGUCCUAAAAUGCCCCGUCUGUACCACCGAGCGCAGCUCGCCCUGCAUAUCAAGCGCGCGAUAUGUGCGCACCACGUCGACAACCCCCAGCUGCGUCACGUCGACCUCGCUAGGUGGUGCUUCACGUGUUUCGGCAUCUGCCCUGACCGCUCGACUAUCGGGCGUGUUUUGAAGAGUGCCGAACGCUGGAAGCUGGAUGACGCCAACGACAACGCCGUCCGUAUGCGAGGCGGCACGUAUCCGGAGCUUGAGCGCGCCAUGGCCCGGUGGAUUGCCAGGGCGGGGCCUGCGGGGGUGCCUCUCACCCUUGCUACUAUUCGAGACCACGUGGCGUACAUGGCCCGUGAGAAUGGCGCACCCGCCACGUUCCGUUGCUCCAUCGGCUGGGUGCGCCCCACAUUACGCCGCCAGGGUGUGAGAUGCAUGAGCGCGGUUGGGGAGGCGGCCGACCAGGACAUGACUGCCGUGCGCACCAUUCAGGAGAAACUCCCGCAGCUCCUCAUGCAUUUGGGGAUGAGGCCGCGCGACACCUUCAACUUCGACGAGACGGCGCUCUACAUCUCCGUCCUGCCGCGAAGGACGUACGGCACUGGCCGUGUGGUGGGAAGGAAGAACGGCAAUGAGCGGCUCACCGUUGGCUUCCUCGUCAACGCCGACGGCUCCACCAUGUUCCGUCCUCUCGUGAUCUCCAAGGCCCGCCGUUCGUACGACUUCCGCCCCGACUACGACCCGGAGGAGUUGUGCUACUGA